AGGGGAAGAGAGAUUGGAGUGCCAUGUGUCCCGAAAAGUGUCUAAAGCCCCUCCAGUAAAAGUAAAAGAGAAGUUCAGCCCCCUGAAGCAGAGGUCUCCCCCCGCCGGCCGCCCCCAUCUGUCCCCGGAGGAAAUCAAAGACGCAGAUCGAGCGGCACAGAAGGAAAAAUUACAUGCAGAGUUAAAGAAGGUUUUACUACAGAAAGGACAAAGAAACUUGGCAGAGCAAGAGGAACCCAAGAUGGAGACCACCAUCAACAUCACAGAGGAAAAGCUGAGAGCCUCAGAAAUGGUGGAGGUGAUAGUGGAAACCGAGGCACAGGCUGGAAUGACUGGUAUCAGCAUCUGUGGAGGAGGCAAAGAUGGACUCUUCAUCUCAGAUAUCCUCAAGGACUCCCCGGCUUCCAAAUCCUUGCCUCUGCUUGAAGGAGACCAGAUCAUCAGUGCCAGAGUUUACUUUGAAAACAUUAAAUAUGAAGAUGCGAUGAAAAUCCUCCAGUACGCAGAGCAAUAUAAAGUUGGUUACUGCCUCAAGAGGACCGUGCCAUCUAGUGAUGUCACAGUUACCCCUGGCACCGUGGAAGUGAAAAGUCCAAAGGCAAAGAUGCCAAAAAUGACUGUUAGAAGCCUGACACCAGUGAAGAAGAAAAAGAAGAAGAUGCCAAGUCAAGUCAAGGACUCAGAAGUUUCCAUGGAAGCUGUAAAAGGCUCUGAACUUUCUGCUGCCAGCAUGGACAUUCCGACAGUAGACGUUGAGUUUUCCUUCCCCAAAUUCUCCAAGUUAUUAAAGACCAUGGGUGGGGCAGAAACCUCCACUGACACUAAAAGUGCAGAAAUGUCUGCCAAAGAAACAACUGAGCAAAAAAGACCAAAGCUGAAAUUCCCGAGACUUCGGGUCAAAGAAGCUGCCGCAGGGGGAGUGUCUGCAGAUGUUCCCAAAAUGAAAACAGGAUCAGCGAAAGCUGGAGCUGAGGUUGAAGCGAAAUCCAAACUGUUUAAAGUGGAUGUCACAGUCCCCAAGCCACAAAUUGGUGUUUCUGUGCCAAAGGCUGGAAUGGACACCAAGGAAGAAAAAGCUUUCAAGGCCCCCCAAGUGGAACUCGAUAUACCGCUACCGACAGUAAAAGCUGAUGUGCCAGAGGUUGCUGGAGGUGUUAAAGUGCCUGGACUAAGCGCCUCAGUUAAAAUUCCAGAUGUUGAAAUUAAAAUGCCAUCGGCUGAUGUUGCAGUGGAAGCUCCAGGAGCUAAGCUCAGCAUGACCCAAAUAUCAAAGGUUGGAAUCUGCACACCUCAACUAAAAAAGGAGCUAGACCUUGCUGUUCAGAUUGAUGGUAUGCAAAAAACUGAACUCAAAUUGCCCUCAGUUGAAAUAGCAGCACCUAAAGUUGAUGUCGAUUUGAGUUUGCCAAAAGUCGAUGGCUCUGUUGAAGUGGAGACACCCGAGAUCACUGGGCAAGGCUUUCAGAUCAAACUGCCAAAAUUUAGUAUGUCCAGCAAAGCUUCAGAACCUGAUUUGGAAGUUACACCCCCACAAGUCAAAAAAGAUAUUAAGGGGAAAGUUUCUGAUGAUAAGUUUAAAAUGCCAUCUAUAAAAGCCCCACAAUUUGGCAUUUCCCUCCAUAAAGGAAAAUUGGAAGGAGAUAGUCCUGAUGGUCAACAGAGAAUUGACAUAAAAUUGCCAUCUCUUGACAUUUCUGCUCCCAAAGUGGAUUUUGACAUCAGUGUUCCCAAGUUUGAAUCAGGAGACAUUAUUGUUGAGUCUGUUCCAGAUGUGGCACUAAAGAUGCCCAAAAUAAGCCCUCCUAGGGCAGGUAUGAAAGUUAAAGAUGCAUAUGCUGGGAGUUACCUACAUGUUGAUGCAAAAGCAGAGAAAAUUGAAGCAGAGCGCUCUUUUGAAAUACCAGACAUGUCACUCAAAAUGCCCAAGAUAGGUCUUCCUAAAAUUGGUUUAAAGAGUGAUACUCAGGCAGUCCAGGCAGAAGUGGCAGCUGGGAAAAGGGAAGAUAAGGAGAUUAAAUUGAAAGGACCUAAACUCAAUUUGCCCACUUUUGGAAUAGGACUGUCCAAAGAUAAAUCAGAAAUGGUUGGUCAAGAAAGAGAGUAUUCAAAAGAAGUGGAAACAAAACUACAAUUUCCCUCAAUUAAAAUGCCAUCAGUAGAUAUUUCAUUGUCAAAAGUACAGGUCAGUGAACCAGAUAAACUGGAGGUCACAGUUCCUACAACAAAGGCAGAUAUUAAAGCACUGGAGUUGGAAGGUACAGCUAUGGGUGACUUGAAGUUUACAAUGCCUAAAGUUUCCUUACCUAAGCUUGAUGUGACAGCAAAACUUGGAACACCUGAGGUGUCUCUUCCAAAAAUUGGAGAUCUUACUGUAAAAGAUGAUAAAAUAAUUGUCCCUGAAUUGGAUAUUUCUGUUCCCAAGAUUAGACCUAUUGAAUUCGGUAUAACAUCACCAAAGCGUGACCUAAGUAUUUCAAUGGAAAAACCUAAGAUAGCAGUGAAACUGCCAAAAGUAGAGUCUGAUGCAAUAGCAUUUGAUGGGGAGACCGGAGAUUCAAAACUAGGUUUUUCUUCUAUUAAAAUGCCCUCUCUCGAGAUUGAUACUCCAAGCCUUGGCAUUGACCUAAACUUACCAAAAUUAAAAACUGAGGCUUCUGAGCCUAUUUUGGAAGAAGCAGACAUGAAAUUCCAGAUGCCAAAACUAAACCUCCCUAAACUGAGUGAUGUCACCAGAAAUAUGAAUGUUGAACUUGAUGUUCCAAAGAUCACAGGUGACAUUUCUAUACCACACAUUGCUGCAGAGAUGAAGGGGCCUGGAUUUAACAUCGAAGAUAAAGAGGUAAUGAUGAGUUUCCCAAAAGUUGAGAUUGGAGUAGGGAAAUCCACAAGCUUGGAAGCCAGAGGUGGUGUGAUUAAAGAAAAGGCUGAUGCCACACCACCUAAAGUGAAACUAGAAAAGCCAGAUUUAGAAGAUACAGAAGCCAGAAUAAAGUUGCCUUCAGUGACACUUCCUUCUGUUGCAAUAACUACACCAAAACUUCCUGAUGUGGACAUUGAUGCAAGCAUACCAAAAGCUACAGUUGAGUUGUCAAGUAAAGAGGAUCUGAGUGGGAGUGAUGUUAAAUGGAAAGCCCCAAAGUUUUCGCUUCGCAAACUUGGCAUUUCUGGACCCAAAGUCAAGAAAGGUGGAGAAGUGGAUGUAAAAGCAAUGCAUGCAGAGGGGGAUACAGAAAUUGCCAUCAAAGGACCAAAAAUGAAAAUGCCAAAAUUUGGAAUGAUGUUCCCAAAAUCAAAACAGGAUGUUGAAGGUGGAAUAGAUGUAAAAGCUAGCAAAGGGAAGGUGGAUGUUUCUGCUGGCCAAGUGGAUACAUCUUCUGAUGGAAAAGUUAGACUUCCAUCAGUUAAACUUCCCACUGUUGACAUUUCGGCUCCAAAGUUAGAGGUAGACAUUGCCGUGCCAAAGGCAGACACUUCUAGUACAGACAAACCACAUGAAAUCAACAUUGACAUUCCAGAUGUUAAGCUGAACAUUCCCAAAUUUUCUCUGCCAAAAUUUGGUAGGAGUAAAGGAAGUGAUGAAGAUGCAGAAAUGGAGAAAGGUAAAGUAGGAGGGAAAGUGUCUCCUUUUAAAUCGGUGAAGGCAGUUGAGGCAUCUCCUGGUGAAUUUGGUGCAAGCAGCAUUGACACCAAGGGGAAACGCAAGGAAUUAAAAAUGAAAAUGCCAGCAAUAAAGAUGCCUUCAUUUGGAAUAUCAAGAAAAGAGGCAGAUGUCUCUGAAGGAAAACUGGAGCUCAGUCUCCCUGAAGCUAAAACCAAAAAAAUAAAAACAGUUGCGCAAGAAGCGAAAGUGUUGCUAGACACCCAAGAGGGUGAUGGAAAUACAUCUUUCAUUAAAAUGCCUUCAUUCAAAAUGUCACCUCCAAAAAUAAAGGCACCAGAAGUUGACCUAACUGUAAAAGGCUUAAAAGAAGAUAUUCAGCUGCCCGAUAUCCAUGUGAAAGUCCCUGAGGUGGCAUUGCCUUCCCUUGGAAUAAAGAGUGAUCAGUCAGCAAAGCUCACCCUUUCAAAGCCAGAAGCAAAAACCUCAUUAGGUCUGGAGAGCUCAGAGGCUCAGUAUAGUGACAUAAUAAGGAUGCCAUCUUUGGAGAUCUCUGCACCAACCGAAGUGUCUUCAUUACAAUUUUCUGUCCCAUGUGUUAAAACAGACAUCAGUACCAUCUUACCAAAAGCUGAAGUAGAUGUUUCCGACAUCGAUAUCAAAACAUAUGAAGGGGAUUUAAAAAUACCCAAACUUUCAUCCCUCGCUGUUUCUGUCCCAGAUCUAGAAUUGGAUUUUGGUUUACCAAAAGCAAGUGUGGAGACAUCUUUAGAGCACGAAACUGCUCUUAGUUUGGAAAAAAAUGCUUCAAGCUUAAAGAUGCCAAAAGUAGAAUUGCCUAAGUUUGGGGAGUCAGAAGCUGCGAUGGACAUUGUUGGUGCUAAAUCUAAAGCUAUUGAGUCGGAGGUCAAAUUGAAAGGGUCUAAACUAAAAAUGCCACAUUUUGAUAUUUCACUACCCAAAGUUAAACUAGAUGAAGAGGACAUACCCUUCAUUGAAGGUGAGAUGAAAAUGCAUGGCUCAAGUACUGAAGCAAGUAUCACUGAAGCAAUGUUUAGUUUGCCAUCAGUGGAGCUGCCAAAAAUGUCCACUCCUAAAAUAAGCGCUCCAGAACUAGAACUUGAUAUUAGCCUAAACAAGGAUGAUGCAAAAGCUGAUUACACUAAGGCACCAAAAGCAGAAUUAAGUGGCCCUGAUGGUGACCAACAUGACCUAAAGUUCAAGAUGCCAAAAAUAAAGAUGCCUACAUUUGGUGGCCCCAGUACUGUUAUAGAUAAAGACACUGCCAAAGUAGAUGUUAAGUCUUCCAAAAUAGAAGAGGGUUCUGAUUCAGGUAUCAGAGGCUUCAGAAUAAAAAUGCCAAAGCUUCAAGUAGGAUCUCUUAAAAGAGAAGGAGGGGAGGACAUGGAGACAGAAGGUGACCACAAAAUGACUGUGAAAGGUGAUGUGAAGGUCUCUGAUCAUGAAGAGUCUGAAAAUGGGCGGACAUUUAAAUUCAAGAUGCCAUCCUUUGGAAUUUCAAGCAGGACUACAGACAUUACCACCGAGCCAUUGCAUCCAUCUGAGGAAGGUGCAGAUUUAAAGUUCAAAAUGCCAAAAAUCUCUUUGCCUGAUGUUGGGUUUUCAGGAGGUGAAGGUGAUGGACCGGGGACUUCCUUGGGAAGUGUACAAACCAAAGCAGAUGAGAAGACAAAAGGCACCAAAUCGUCAAGCAUUGAGGACUUAGAAAUAGACGUGGGGCUGAAAAUGCCAAAAAUCAAAGUACCAACAAUUGGACUACUAGGACGUAAGGGAGAUGAUGGCAUGGAAGUAUCUCUUGAUGAUGAUUCAGAGGGACAGAAGUUCAAGAUGCCAGAUGUGGAAAUAUCUACUCCAAAAAUCAAAGCACAUGAUGAAUAUGAAGUGGAAGGAACAAAAAUACAGCACAAACUAUCAAAGAAUGUGGAAGGAGGUGAUUCUACAAAGAAGGACAGUAAGAUCAAGGACGAACACAAACAACAUGGCACGACUGAAGACGAUGCUGAUAGAAAAUACAAAGUAAAAUUACCCAAGUUUGCAGUCAGUUUACCUAAAGCUAUGUCUGGGGAUGUUGAGCUUUCUGCUCCGAAAUUAAGGUCAGAGGCAAAAGAGAGCGAGAUAAAUAUGAAAACAUUAAGCUCUGAGCAUGAUACAGAUCAUGAGGGGAGGAAGAAAAAAAAUAUUUUCUCUCUAGGAAAAGUCAAGGACAAAAGUUUAGGUCUGUUAUCAUCUGAUGCAGACACAAGUUUGGAAACUGAAGGUCCAGAAGUGAAGGUUAAGAUACCAAAAAUAAAGAUGAAACCUUCUUUUGGUCGGUCCAGAGGUAAAGGUAAAGGGGGAGAAGUAAAUGGAGAAUUUGAAUCUUCACGAAGGACAGAAGGCAACACCGACAGGAGUCUUGAUGACACAGCUAAGUCUGGAAAAAUAAAGUUUCCCAGGUUAGGAUUUUCUUCCUCCAAAACAAACUCAGGAGAGAUAAAUGUAAAUGGAACCAGUUCCCCUGGCCAUUUAAAUGGAGAUAAGGAGAUAUCUAUUCAAAAUGGAUCACAGGAUGGUGCUGGGAAGGAUGGAAAACUAAAGUUUCCUAAAGUUGAAUUUUCUUCACCGUACAAAGGAAAAGAAGUAGACUCCGAAAUGAAUCUAAGGUUGGUUAAGACUGAAGAGCAAGAGACCAAAGAUGAAUCCAAUGAGAGCUCUUUUUCCUCCAAAUUUAAAUCUACUAAAAUCACUUUCUCUGGUUUCAAGAAAAAAGAGAAGGGUGAGGACCACCCAAUCAGCUCCUCUGCAAGAACCGAGAUGGCAACAGUGGAAAAUGUUGGAGAGGGAGACUCAAAGUCUGGGAAGGGUCGAAUUUCCCUUGGAUUCCUGUCAAGUAAGUCUAAGGGAGAAUACAGGGUAGACAAUAGUGGGAUACAGAGAGAAAUAGAGGGGGACAGCAGUAAAGACAAAGUAACAAAAUAUAAGAUACCCAAGUUAUCUCUGAGCACGAAGACAGAGGGAGAAACAACUACAGAGAUGCAAAAAAACGUAGACGAGAGCUCUCAAGCAGGUUUCCAAAUCAGCCUACCCCAAGUGGUUUAUACCACUCACCAUGAGGAACAAAUAAUAAAAGAGGAGGAGGACACCCUGGGUUUCUUGAAAGUUACGACGACAAAGCAAAUCAAGACAGAGACUGUAACAGAGAAGACACUGGCCAUAUAAGACAGGAACUGUUUUAGUCAAGGACUUGAUACGACAACUAGUCUGAAAAGUUGCAGGCCGCACGCUUCAAAAACAAUCUCUCCACUCUAAUCUCUCCUGCAUCUCUACUGAAUGACUCCCCUAGAGGUCAUCAUCAAGGUGACUAUGUUUUUGUUUGCGUAAAGCAGAUUAAUCAUUUUAAAUCAGUCAUUUAAUGAUCUUAGAAGCGAAAGGCGUGGAAUAUGGUGUUAGCGUCAUACCAUACUAUGUGGGACGCCAGUGAAUGGUCUGUAUUUAGUAACUGCGAUGGUGUGUAGUGUUAUAGCUACCACUUCUUAUUUUGAGCAGUCAUGGAUUUAUUUCCUUUAGGGAUAAUUUCCAGGAAUACAGAGUUGAGCUAUAGGAUUGGAAUUGUCGCCCCAGUGCGUUUCCUUUUGGUUACAUUUAAGGGUCCUCAUGUCUUAAACAGCUUUUACAUAAAUAGAGGAUUCAGUCUACUAUGCCGUGGGACCGAAAGCCCACGUAUAGCGUGGCCGUUAGAGUGAUGCGAAGAGCUUCUCUGAACAUUUACUUGAGAAACAGAAUAAUCUGCUAAUGUUUUUUUUUUUGUAACACAAAUUUAAAAUACUUUUUAAAUGUGAAUAUUGCCUCGAUCUUAAAGGAUCGCAGUGCCUGUAGGUGCCUUAAUGCUCAUGUUAACAUUCAAAUACCCCACAGCUUUGCCAGAGUUUUUCAGUGACCACAAUACCUAUGUUUCAUUUAACCUAUAUGUUUAUACACAUAAACUAUAUGUAUCUUUUUUCUCAACAUACAAUACAACCACAUGUGCCAAUCCGUUCGUACAUUGAUCACACCAUUGCUGAUCCUACGGUUCCAUUAGGCGACAAACAUAAUUCAAGUGUCUUCAGGUAAAUAAUUCAAUGCUAAAAGGUAAAGAAGGUAUUUUGAUGCCUGUAAGUAUCCCCCCCCUUGCUGCGCCUGUGUAUUUGGAGUGGUGCUCAGGCACCUGUUGUUCCACGUCCAAUCACUGCUACGAUUAUUGUGAACUUCUGUAUGCUCCAGCGUAUCUAAUAGUGCAUUGCAUAAGCUGUAAACUUAAUUUCUAUGGCAGUAAAGUUCCUGUACAACUGGCACCAUAUGUGGACAUGCAAUACAUUUCAAUCUGCUGAAAUAGACGAGCACCGCGUAUCUCCACCCCGGAAUCUGUAACUUUAAUAACAACACUUAGGGCCAACCCCUUAUUCUGAUUUUGCGCCAUUUAGGCCCUGAAUUAAUUUUGGCGGUGUAAGGGGAGGGAGUUUUGGGCACAGUUUUAUUACAGGUGUCCCAUUCCUUUCUAAAGCGUGUCUAGACACACCAUAACCAGGACACAUUUCCAAGUGCAUUAUGGGUAAGGACACAGUGGCUAUUUAAUCUAAGCAAGGUUGCAUGAAAAUAACAGGUGCUCGUAUUGUAUCAUCUGAAUGUAAAGUGCGCCUGCUGCCUUCAUACAGCAGAGACAGCCAUUGUGCGCACAGGAAGGACACCUAUCAAUUUAUCACGUCUCAGAAAUUCUGGCUUAUCAGCUUACAAAAUGGCUGCUUCCAGGGUUUUGGGGCGACCGGUGCACAUUAAAGAAGCAUCUUUUCCGAUGCAUUUGUUAAAUAGUUUUCAUUCUAAGAACUUCUUCCAAACGUUAUGAACUAGAUAUUUGGGCCCCAUAUCCAGCAAACCUUGGAGAAUUUGCACGGUGAUACCAACCAAUCAGCUCCUAACUGCCAUUUUCCAAACACAGCCUGUAACAUGGCAGUUAGAGCUGAUUGGCUGGUACUUCAUCACCGUGCAAUUUAUCACUCUUUAAGGCUUGAUAAAUCUCUGCCUUGUACCGGUUUAACAGCACAAACUGGACAUUAAACAGUAAUUUGUUUUGGACGGAGCAUCAGAAGUUAUGUCCCUGCCCAAAAGUUGACUUACGUGGGUCUCCUGACAUCCUGCACAUGCUUGCGGCUGCUCUUCUGGAUCCCACAUCAUCGCAGGCAGUCCAUUGUCCGUGCAUCACUGGAGAGCGCAAUAUACAGUCUACAGGCAACUGGGAGACGCUGACCCCUGGGAACUGGGCUCUGGUUACGUAAACAGCUGGGAUGGGAUGGAACUGGUACAUGGAAUUAUCCUUUAGGUAUCAAUGCUGUUACUACAUUGGCAUCUGGUAUAGAUUAUAUAGGCUCGCCCUGACUGCUGUCUAACGCGACUCCCGCAAGCCAUAGAGAGCCAGCAGUUGCUAACACUGAUUGUACUUUCUGUGUAUAAUUUAAUUUUAAUGACACAGAAUAAACUGUUAUCAGUUACCCAACAAAGGAUAUUAUAGCUUAUUCCCUGGCUCCAUGCCAAAUGGGAAUACCUUAAAUAAUUUUAUUACAGUUUCAGAAGCCUCAAGCCAAACAUUUCCCUGACCACGUGACUUUCUGCCAACGCUGUUAAAGCCAAAAUGGCCGACAUCAUACUGCAUUACUCCGAAGGUAUAAGUGGCAUUCAUGCGUGUUACACAUGCCACAUACAGAUAUUUAUGCCCCCCUAGAGGAAGCAUGAGCUAGGUCAUGUCUGCAUCUACAAAAACAACUGAAGGCUGUAAGAGCCAGCCGUGUGUAGAAAGAUACAGUAGGUAUGUGUUUGUGGUAUUUGUGUAUUUUGCAGGUUAGAGUAUGAUUUUAUGCGUGUGUGUUUAUUGCCCUGCAGACUGAUGUGACAUCCGGUGUUCACCAUCGAUAACAUCACAUGUAUUUCUGUGUAAACAUAAUUGUGAAAAUGUAGAAGCUACUACAAGGUGUAUGAUGUCUAUUUUGUAUUACCAAUAUUGUUAAUUAUUAAAAAUAAAUAAAUGUGACUUUAUAUUUGAAGUGAAAACAACUAUUGUUUUGUAAAGUACCAACUAACCUCCUUCUGCUUAUGGAUUUAUUCUUAUUAUUUUUUUAAGUGGUGUUUUGAUGUAGUAAUCGAAUCUUUAAUCAAAAUGUUUUAAUAAACGUUUCAUUGAAAACCCGGAA